AUGGCUGAAACUCAUAGAGGAAAGAAUGCUUUAGCUGAGCGAGAGCCAAAAAUCGUAGAGAACAGAAAGAAAUCCCUUUUUAUCAAAGGUAGAAAGUUCCCAGCUGCUAUGCAACAAGUUUGGGAUGAUCUUGCUCUCUUCAGGUUCGGCGAAAUUGUUAAAUUCACAAGAGAAAAUGACAUUGUUCCAUUCGAAGAUGCUUCUCAAAUACAAGAACAUUGCAGAAAGAACGAUUGCUCAUUAUUCACUUUCGCUACAACAAAUAAGAAGAGACCAAACGAUAUUAUAUUCGGCCGUCUUUUCAAUUUCGCAUUAUUAGACAUGUACGAGUUCGGAGUUACUAAUAUUAUUCCACACAAAGACCUUCCAAGAAAUGAAUUUUUACAUGGUCAACUUCCAGCCCUUAUUUUCCAAGGUGACCAAUGGAAUAGCGAGCUUAGCUCAUUGCGCAACUAUUUUAUGGACUAUUUCGUUGGAGAUCUUCAAGGUUCAGUAGAUCUUGAACAAGUAGCUCAUUGCAUUGUAUUCACAUACGUUGAGGAAGACAAGACAAUCCUCUUCCGCCACUAUUUAGUUAAUACAGAGAAUGAUACCCCACAAUUGACAUUAACUUCUCCUUGCUUCGACCUCGUUUGCCGUCGUGACAUGAAGCCUGACGAGGAGGCUUACGAAAAUGCUCUCAUCAAGGCUCCAGAGGAAAAGAAGAAGAAGAAUGUCAAGAAGGACGCUCUUGGCCGCGAACUCGGCAGAGUAUUCGUCGGCAAGAACGAUACAACUUCACUCACAAUGAAGAAGUUCCCAGGUCUUCCAAAACGUUCAAUGAGACAAGCUGUUCAAGAUGCAGAACACGAUUUAGAGUAA